AAGAGAAGCUGAGGAGACCAAAAGUUGAGACAGAGCAGAUCAGGAGGGGAGGCAGAAUAGAAAGCCUGGUAGAGAGAAGGUCCAAGGGGCUAGUGAUCUGCCCACCAGACUGGGACACUCGAUAGUUCUAUACCCCAGUCCUACCUCAGGCAUUCUGAUCUCUACUAGUUUGGGUGCUGGGAAGUCCAGCUGGAUGCAGGCAGCCUGGCUCUUGGGGGCCGUAGUGGUCCCUCAACUUUUGAGUUUUGGCCAUGGAGCCCGAGGUCCUGGGAGGGAGUGGGAGGGGGGCUGGGGAGGUGCCCUGGAGGAGGAGCGAGAGCGGGAGUCACUGAUGUUGAAGAAUCUCCAGGAGGCCCGAGGGCUGCCCACUGGGGUGGGAAAUAAGGAUAAUCUUGCUGAAAACCCUGAAGGCAAAGAGGUCUGGAAAACCACGGAGACUCAAGAGGAAGAAGAGGGAGAGGAAGCCACCACAGCACCUACUUCUAGUCUUAACCCUUUCCCCAGCCCUUCUCCCACAUCAGAGGACACUGUCACUUACAUCUUGGGCCGCUUGGCCAGCCUCGAUGCAGGCCUACACCAAUUGCACAUCCGUCUGCACGUUUUGGACACCCGUGUGGUUGAGCUGACCCAGGGGCUGCGACAGCUGCGGGAUGCUGCGAGAGAUACCCGCGACUCAGUGCAAGCCCUGAAGGAGGUACAGGUCCUUGCUGAGCAGGAGCACGGUCGCUUGGAGGGCUGCCUGAAGGGCCUGCGCCUAGGCCACAAGUGCUUCCUGCUCUCGCGAGACUUCGAGACACAGGCGGCGGCGCAGGCGCGGUGCAAGGUGCGAGGUGGGAGCUUAGCGCAGCCUGCGGACCGGCAGCAAAUGGAUGCGCUAAGCCGGUACUUACGCGCUGCCCUCGCCCCCUACAACUGGCCGGUGUGGCUGGGAGUGCACGACCGGCGCUCGGAGGGGCUCUACCUUUUCGAGAACGGCCAGCGCGUGUCGUUCUUCGCCUGGCACCGCGCACUGAGCCUGGAGUCCGGUGCCCAGCCUAGUGCGGCAUCACAUCCACUCAGCCCGGAUCAGCCCAAUGGCGGCGUCCUGGAGAACUGCGUGGCCCAGGCCUCAGACGACGGUUCCUGGUGGGACCAUGACUGUGAGCGGCGCCUCUACUUCGUCUGCGAGUUCCCUUUCUAGAGAGCCGAUCUCUGUCCCGGAGCUCUAUCGCCCAUUCUGCACCGUAGGCCGCUCACCCUACCUACUGUUAGGGGUCUGGGGUCGCUCAGAGAUUAGGCGUGACCUUGAAUACAUUUUAAUAAGAGGCCUUUUAUUUUAGAUACUGGCACCCAGACAGAUUGAGGCCAGGUCUGCGACUGAGAUCACUUCCAAGCUGCAAGCCUUAGCCAUAUCAGCCUAGAGUUUAUAAAGGCAAACCCCACAAGAAUGCAUGUAGCCUGCUUACAUGUAGGCCGGAGCAUACAUUUUAACAUAUAUGUCUUGCAGUUGUCCUAGUCAUCCUUUGAGCAGAGGAAGCAAGGUGAAUUACGAAAGAAGAUAUAGCAGUUAGUCUUACAACUAAAUUGCUAGAACAGCAAAUUUUACAAGGCCAAUCAAUUUCAGAAUACUCUUCAGUAUCUGGGAGAAAGAGGAAGUAGACUGCUAGUGUACAGCCCACACAAGUUAGGGCCUUUCACCGUAGAGGCAUAUUUUGCUUUGGUUUCCCAAGCAUAGUCUAAAUUUCUAAAUGUAAUCUUAACCACCAUACCUACAGUAUGCAUUCUGCACCCUGUACCCCACACCAUGCACCCUGAACCCCUCUCUGUGCACUUUCCACUCUUCACUCUACAGAGUGCAUUCUGGAUCUUGAACCCUCCUUGGGCCGCAAGUGCCACCAAUCCCAGCUGGUCCCCCAGCCUCAGAGAUAGCCUAUGCAAUUUCUCCAUGUCCCCACCUGUCUUUGAAACUUCCAAGGUCCUAAAUAGGCCCACUGCCAAUAAAUCCUUUUAAAAUAUAA